AUGAUUUCUGAAUCGCCACAACAAAGAGAUAAAGAAAAGAGUGAAAAUAAAAAGAAUAAUAAAAAUAUUGACAACGAGAAGAAUAAAAACAACAAAAAUAAUUCUCCGGAGUUUGAAGACAUUUCUUCUUCCUCAUCUUCCUCUUCAAAUGACGAAGCAGAAAAGGAUGAAUUAGAAAUUAGACAACAACAAGAACUUAAAUCUAAUUUAGUCGCUCAUUUUUACAAAUUUCAAGAGGAAUCUGGAAAUCCUGAAAAUCUUUCCCCUGAACUUGGAGGUUUUUUUGUUAAAUAUUUUUUAUGUUUAUAUGAACUUGUUUUGGGCUAUUAAUUAUUUUUUGGCCUAUUAAGCUAAUCACGGAUAUGAGCCAAAUUUACUCACAAGGGAUGGGAGGUUGCCCAAAACCCGAUCUGACUUCUUUCUCAACUCAUUUAGUCUCAUACACAUC